AUGCUCAAGUGGGACAUACAGUGGCUUAAAGCAGCUUGCUUGCCAGAAUUUGAAUUCGCAUGCUUCUCCUACGACGAUCAGCAUCAGUACCACUAUGGAGACCGGUCGUUGAGAUGGUAUUACACACCACAGCUGGGAGCAGACCUGUCUCAGGGGUUCGACAAGUUCGUCAAGCACGAUGACAGUGUUGCAGAACACCUGGAUAGCCUGCUCAAGACCAUCAUGCACCACGAGAAGGAGACCAAGAAGAAGAUCGACGCCAACGUCGUGACCUGGCGUGGAGUUCUCACCAAGAUAAUGUCAAGUCCAUUCGACGACCGUGAUGGCUUCAUCGAGGAGAACCAUGCUUAUCGGAUGCGCUCGCAGGCCGAGCAGGCGGCCCAGCCCUGGCACGGGCCCAUACCCCAGGAGGUCAUGCAGUUCUGGGGCUACAAGUUCGAGACCCUGGCGACGCUGCCCGCCCCAUGGGGCGAGACCAGCCGUGACUAUAUCGAGGGCCGCGAACACGAGGUUGUCAACAACAAAGCGCAGUACUGCUCGGUUGUACGGACCGGCCUGGGCAAGACAGUGUUGUGUCUGGGCGGCGAGGUUGAUGCUGUCUGGGACUCCAAGCCUCCAAAGCCCGGCGACCCAAUAAACUGGGUCGAGCUCAAGACAUCUGCCGAGAUGCGCGGCGCCCGCGACCACGACAACUUCGAGCGCAAGCUGCUGAAAUUUUGGAUCCAGUCAUUUCUGCUGGGGGUCCCGCGCAUCAUCGUCGGGUUCCGUUCGCGCGACGGUAUCCUGCAGCGCGUCGAGGAUAUGGAUGUCGCUUCGAUCCCGGACACUGUCGCGCGGCGGGGGCGGCAGUGGGACGGCAACAUUUGCACCAACUUUGCGGCGUCAUUCCUUGAGUGGCUCCGGGCCAGGAUCGACGACGAGGGCGUUUGGAGAAUCCGUCGGCGUGCGAGGGACACUCACAUUGAGGUGUACAAAACCACCGAGACUACGGGUCACGGGCGGCUUUUAACCGACGAGUUCAUCAACCACCGCAUCAAGCUCGCCCUACCACCUGCCCCGGAUGAUGACGAUCCCGGCGCUGGGCCAUCUUGA